AUGCUAGCCCUGGGCGUGUACCUGAAACCCCUGCCUAAAUCGGUGCUCGGAGCGCUGAUUGCGGUCAACUUGAAGAAUACCCUGCUGCAGCUCUCUGACCCCUAUUACCUGUGGCAGAAGAGCAGAUUGGAUUGCUGUGUGUGGGUCGUGUCGUUCCUGGCUACGUUCUUCCUCAGCCUGCCGUAUGGGGUCGCCAUCGGAGUGGGCUUCUCCAUACUGGUGGUUAUAUUCAAAACACAGUUUCGAAAUGGUUCAGCAAUCGACCAAAUUAAGGAUACGGAUAUCUACAAAAAUCCUAAAGUGUACAGUAAGGUGGCUUCUGUGAAGGGUGUGAAAAUAGUAAACUACUGCUCUCCACUUUACUUUGCAAAUGCGGAAAUCUUUCGACAGAAGGUCAUCAAAAAGACCAAUCUGGACCCUGGCAAGCUUAUCCUGGCCAGGAGGAAGUUUGUGAAGAAACAGCUGAAGGAGAAGGAGAAGGAGGAUAAGAAGGACAAGGAGUCGCGACGCAGGAAGCCCAGUAGUCUGGUCACCAUGAAGACACAGACAAUCUCACAGCUUGAGCUGCAGAACGACUUCGACCCCAAAAGUGAUUCCCCCACCACCAGCUAUGUCAACUUCCACUUCAGUGACGGUGGGUUGGAGGACCAGAUGCCCGGCGGCGGGCCCCCGACAGCCCCUCGGCCCUGGACUCCCAGCCCAUGCCCUUCCACACCCUGGUCCUGGACCUGGCCGGCGUCUGCUUUGUGGACCUCAACGGGGUGAAAGUGCUCACCAAGAUGAACUCCUGCUAUGAGAUGCUGGGGAUUAAACUGCUCCUGGCCAACGUUCAAGCCCAGGUGUACGAGGAGCUGAAGGUGGGCGGGGU